AUCCCAAACCCUGAAGCCUUGGAAGGGCGCGGAAAUUGUGGCAAUGAAUGCCACUGACGUGCCCAAACCCAGUGUGUACGUUGGGUACUUUCCGGAGCCAUCAACCACUCCAGUGGACAGUAUCCUUGGCCUUGUCGAGGGUCAGAACGAAGGGCUGCGGGUAGGUAGCUGGAGGGUGCUCAACAGGGUACAGAAGGGACCCACCACUGAGCUCACUCUAGCGGUUGACCCGCACUCAGCGGAGACACUCGACAAGCUGGGAUACUUAGUCAAUUAUGGAUAUGGCAGGGUGCGCAUCCAUAAAAAAGGGAAGACGACUGAGUCGUCAGACCCGAAGGGUGCACAGCCUGCUAUAGCCAGUUCCUCCUCCACUGCACAAAGUGCGUGCUUCAAAGAGGGACCUUGCGGUUCCAAGGACGUACCCAAGGGACUGCAAAGGUUACCUUCAGAGCAGUCAGGGGCAGCGGAGAAGGAAAAAGCACCUGUCCAGGAGUCCAUAGAGCGGCCCUGCUGCUCAGAAGACACUCCUGGCACGGAAAAGAGGGUACCUUCCAGCCCAGAGAGAUCAAAGGCCCCUUUCGCCCAAAAUCCCUUCCGUCCUCCGCUAAAUGCGAAUCGGAGACAAGGUCGAGGGGAGAUUUCAAUGGAGGAGAAGACCCUGAUGGCCACCAAUAGGGGGAAAAAGAUGGCCAAGCGGGCUUCAAGGCCGAAAAAUGGCAAACCCCCCAAGCGAUAGGCCUAGGCACAUCAAGUGCCUGCAAGUGAACCUCCAUCAUGCAAAGGCGGCCUCUGACGUCUUAUGCAGGAGGUUCAAAACAGAACUCUUGGAUGUCGCAUUCAUCCAAGAACCGUGGGUUUUCGCCGGGGCUAUUAAAGGCCUAAACGACUGUGAUGAGUUGACACAACAGGACUUAGCUGCUGUAUGGACUAAAGUGCCCACUCAAAUGGGAGAAGAAGAGGUCGUUCUCGCUUCAGCUUACCUCCCAGGCGACAGCUGUGAGAUGCCCACAAGGGAAGUAAUAGCCCUAGAGGAGUACUGCAGAAGGAGAAAGCUGAAACUAAUAAUGAGCUGUGACGCCAAUGCCCAUCACUGUGUUUGGGGCAGCUCGGACACCAAUUCUAGAGGUGAGUCAUUUCUUGAAUUUAUCACUAAGAACAACUUAUUUAUUCUUAACCGGGGUAAUGAGCCGACCUUUGUCAAUGCUAUAAGAGGGGAGGUUCUAGACUUGACAAUUUCCUCAACUAGCUUGUCGACCUUUAUCUCAAACUGGCAUGUCUCAAAUGAGGUAUCUAUGUCGGACCACCGGCAUAUUCGAUUCGAUAUAGAAGCCCAAAGAGUAACAAACCAUGUUUACAGAAAUCCCAGAAAAACAAACUGGGAACUCUUUCGCCUCCACAUAGAGCGGGAAGUGAAUGGUUCUACCGCACCAAUUUCAUCCGUCUAUGAACUUGAGGACGAGGCGAGAAAGUUCCAAGAUGUUCUUAAACAAGGUUUUGAAGAGAGCUGCCCACUGAGAACCAAGAAGUCUCAAAAGGAAUUUCCCUUGGUGGAGCGAUUCUCUCGGAAAACUAAGGAAAAGAGCCAGGAAACUUUUCAAUAG